UUUACCUUAGAGCUAAACCGAUGCCAAAUUCGCGUUAUCUGAAAUUUCUCUUAAUUUUUUAAACGUUAUCGAUAACUAAACGAUCAUUUUACUGUUCAAAAAAGUACCAGUGAUGCGCUCUCGCCGAAAACGAUCCUCUGCGGCUACUACGAGCACUGCGAAGGAACAAUCCCUACCUCUCACUGAACCAGCUUCCGAUCCAGUUUGUCGCGUCUGCAUGAGCUGGAGCAGCUCGUCCCGGACCAACAGGAUGAUCGGUCUGCUCGAGGCAGAAGUCCAGGGAAUGAAGCUGGCCGAACUGUUGGCUCUGGUGGGAGCGGUUGAAAUCUGCACCGUGGAUGAUCGGUUGCCCAAGUGGUGCUGCCCCGGUUGCCGGAAAGAGCUGGAGCGGGCUUUCCGGUUGCGCUUGCGUUGCCAGGACUCGGACCGGAAGCUGAGGGAUGUGUUCGAGUCGUUGGGGAAAAUCGGGGUCGUAAAGGAGGAGGUGUUCGAUGGGGAUGAGGUCAAUCCUCUGGAAGAGAUUGGGAUGGAAUGUAAACCGGAGGAGGCAACGGUUGAAUCAGGGCACGUUGAGGAGGAGCUGAAGAUGGAAGAGACUGAGCUGCAAGCACACCGUGAGUUGGAGGAAGACUCGGAUCACGUAGAUGCGGAAUCGGUUGGCGAAGAAGCGGAAGCAGUACAGGAAUCGAGUGUAAUGAAGAAGGCACGCAUACCGACUUUCCCAGAUGUGUUCGACGAGGUUCCUGCCGUUGGUUUCAGAUGUUGUGGCUGUAAGAACAAGUUCGAUACCUCGAAGGAUUUAAAGGCCCACACAUCGGAGGUUCAUAUUGAAAAGAAGCUGUCUGAAGAGCAGUUGGGGAAAAGGAGUCAGUGUGAUAUCUGUUACAAAGUCCUGCGAAAUAGUCACGCUUUGGAGCAACACAAAAGUUUGGUCAAACGGAGCUUCCGUUGCAAAGUUUGCGGAGAUGUAUUUCGCAGUCGGAUGAAGGUUUGUGGUCAUCAUAAUGCUGCUCAUUCUGGCCCAUCGAAAACCUGCUGUGCAUGUCUAAAGAAGUUUGAAACUGGAGACCAGCUUAAGGAACAUUGCAUGGAGGUGCAUCUGCCGGAGAAGCCUCCACCGAAUCCAGCCCGUCCAUUUCCUUGUAGGGUCUGCUUCCGAAGCUAUGCAUCCGAAGCCCAUCUAUAUGCUCAUCAGUCCCGUACGAUUAUGCCACCCAAAAAGCACAUGUGCGUCGAAUGUGGGAUGCUGUUCCGAUAUCCUAGUUUGCUCCGAGAUCACGAAACGACCCACACCGGGGAGAGGCUGUACCAGUGUCUCCAUUGUCCUAAAACCUACAGUUGUAAGAACAGUUUCCGGAAGCAUGUCGAUCGUCAUUUCAAGACGAAGCCCGAAAAGCACAGAUGCGAAACCUGCCAGAUCGGUUAUCAAAGUCUAUCGAUGCUCAGGGAACACAUUGCCGCGAAGCACACUGGUGAACGGCCGCACAAGUGUCCCCAUUGCCCCGCCAGCUAUGCCCGAUUAUCCUCUCUCAAGUCGCACAUGUUCACCCACAGUGUUCAGAAGCUGCACGACUGCCCCAUAUGCGGCAAGCAGUUCAAACGCUAUUCGGAGGUCCGGACGCACGUCCGAUUCUUCCACCAUAAGCUGAAACCCUAUCCGUGCUUCUUCUGUCCGAAGGAAUACCCGCGCAAGGACUACCGCAAGCGACACAUGGUCAGUGCCCAUCCGGAGGAGUUGCGCAACAAUCCACUGCCGCCGCUGGAACUGUACGGUAACGCCACGUGGAAGUCGUUGAAGACCACGGUGGAUCCUCCGGCGGAAGAACCGAGUGCGGACGACAGGGUGGUCACAGGGUGAAGUUCCCACAAUUCCCGCUUGGUUACAAGGUUUUUCUGACAUUUUUUAAUGGGGUAGCAUUGAUCGGAAAGACCCUCCUCGCGAAAGGUUCGAAUCAUAAUUUUUCGUUGAAACAUUCUCAAUGGUGCUUUUCUUUAUUAGGUAUAUUCUUUCAUAAGUUAUUUAAAACUGAAGUUUUUGCAUACAUUAUGUUUUGUUUAUGCGUAAAUCUAAACUUUUCUAAACAA